CAGCGAUCUGAGCGCUCAGUUCACAGUCUGCGAGAGACAGAGAGCAUACCAGUAGGAUGGAUUGCACAGGAUUUACAACAACAGUUGUCUGAACACUCUCCCAAAGUCAACUAAGACGCCGAGGAGGGAGGGGAGUCUCAGCCGGAGAGAGUCUGAGUGCGUCUGUGAGUCAGAGGGUGUUUGGGAGAGUAAGGGAGCAUCACAGAUAGGGGAAGAGAGAGAGAGGAUAAGAGAAAGGAGUAAGUCUGGACCAGGUGAUCGAGUACUAACAAACCUCCAAGGGGCUGCCGGGUUGUAUCAGUGUGCACGGGAUCAGCGAUCCGACAAUGGUGCCCGCGCGCUGCCCGGGACCCUGUGCCAUACUGGCACUAGUCCUCCUGUUGGGAUGCGACGUGGCUUUCUGCCUCGGUCAGAACGAGUCGGAGCCCAUCGUCCUCGAAGGGAAGUGUCUUGUGGUGUGCGACUCAAACCCUUCUUCGGACGGAGCGGUCACCUCCUCACUUGGCAUAUCAGUCCGCUCCGCUGGGGCAAAGGUGGCUUUUUCCGCCGUGCGUGGAACCAACCAUGAGCCGUCAGAUAUGAGCAACACGUCUAUGACCAUCUACUUUGACCAGGUUUUAGUGAACAUCGGCAACCAUUUCGAUCUCAAAGCAAGUGUUUUCCAGGCUCCAAGGAGGGGGAUAUAUAGUUUCAGCUUUCACGUGGUGAAGGUCUACAACAGACAAACCAUACAGGUGAACCUGAUGCAGAAUGAUUAUCCGGUUAUAUCAGCAUUCGCCGGUGACCAGGACGUUACGAGAGAGGCUGCAAGCAACGGAGUACUGCUGAUGGUUGAACGGGAGGACCGCGUCUCUCUGAAGCUGGAACGGGGCACCUUAAUGGGCGGAUGGAAAUACUCCACCUUCUCAGGCUUUCUAGUCUUUCCUCUAUAAUCUAAUCUGCGAUGAUCCACGUCGCACGGGAUUCUGCUUAGGUUGAGGAACAAAAAGAAAAAAACAAAAAAAAAAACAUGCCAUUUAUUUUCAACUUAAAUAACUGUCUGCCAAGGAAGCCGACGAAUAUCUGUAUACCUACACUCGUCCACUAUCUAGUCAAAUAUGAACGUUUCCUUGGAGUUUCAUAUAUUCAUCAGUCAACUUCACGCAAUCUGGAUGAUUAAACGUAUUAAUCGGCCAGUGGCGUGCGCUUGUCGGGAAUGUGGAUUUUUUUUCUUGCUUGGAAAACAAACUUUGCCAAGAGACAAACGUGUGUACCUGGGCAAAAUGGACAAGGGAGAAGAUGAUGAGUGGAAGAACUGACGUCCUGGACAGGCCGAGUGUGUUAUGCUCUAUUUUAUGUUUGUAUAGCCUUAAAGAAUAUAUGGUUUCCGUUCAAGUGAAGUAUGUGGAAAUAUGGACAACCUGAGAAGAAGUGCUUUCACGCCCAAGGCAUUUUUUUUGCACGAAUGGAAGUUUUUACUUUUACUGUUUUGUGCUGUCAAUGGUGUUGCGUUUGGAUGCUGAACAUAUUGAAAAUAAGCCAAAAGGCCGCCGACAAGUUUAUUAAAAGAGAAAAAAGGCGACAUAUUUCAGCCACCAGAGACGACUAAGAGCCUUUUUAUUAAAGAAUACUUAUAUAAUUUACAAAGUACAUAUUCACAUUAUUGUGUGUUCUACAUUUCGGAAUCUGCGUAGCUUUGACUGAUUUAAUGUUCAGUGACGUUGCUCACCAAAUGUACAUUGUGGAAAUAAUAGACGAAUCCUAUGUCCCGCUUAAUAAAAUAUAUUGUAUUGUAUAGG